AUGCCCAGCCUAUCUUUUAAUGGAGAUAUUCUCCUGCUGUCGGCGUUGUACUACCCAAGCGAUGGACUGCUCGAACGAUCCGUCCCCGUCGUGACGACGUUCGAAGGAGGGAGGGCCUGGGUCGACGUCGAGCGCAUCAUGACGCGCGACUUCCAGAUCUUCUCCCGGACUAUAGCAGUUCGCGACGGCCAGAACAAGCUGCAUCGUUUCACGCUGUUCUGGCAGACCCGAACGCACGACAGGCAUCCCCGUGCUCUUCGCAUCAACGAGCCGGCAAAGGCAGUCGUCCCUGGACAUAUGUUCCGGGGUGAUCUCCUCAUCAUGCGUAUCGGUGUACGCCGUCCAUAUACGCAUCUCACAGACAGCGCGGAGAAGGACUUUGCACGGGCGGCCCUUCGAAAAUUCCUGAUUACCGCGACGCGUAUCACGGAGGUGCGCCAGACGAACAACAGCGACAUCCGCACGAUCCUGCCAGGUGUCGGCGCGACGAAUCCCUGCGGAACGUUGGCAGGAUGUCGCCUGUUUGCGGGCGAUCUGAGACUGUCGCCGACGGCGGAUUCGCCGCCACCCGAAAUCGACCUACAGGGCCAAGACGACGACCACCCCCGCUUCACGCCUCGACUGUGGACGCUGUCGCCCUCGAUGGAUAGCAAACACCUUACCACGUACUUGCCGCGCCGGAUGCGCUGGCGAAGGCGACGCUUCAUGCGAAGGUACCCAACUGCAGCCCGUCCGUCGCCCCCGUCUCGCUCCGGUCGUCCGUUUGGUUUCGACCAUGCGUUGAUGACCGGAUGGCCCCUUACCACGUACCACGUACCUGCCGCGCCGAAUGCGAUGGCGAAGGCGACGCCUCGCGCGAAGAUAUCCGAACUGCAGCCCACACCUCGCCCGCCCAUCCGUCGUCCCCGUCUCGCCCCGGUCCUCGAACGCUUACGGGGGCGGCGCGUCACUUCCUACUGCGUCUUCAUACCGGUCACCGUCUCUUCCCUGCAUGGUCCUACCGCCUUCUCUUCGACUUCCAUCUCUUGUAUCUUUGUCUCCCUCUCCCACGUCGGUGUCGGUGUCCAUCUCCACGCCUUCCCGUACGUGUAUGAUGGCUCUGCGCAGCCAAUAAUGUCCGACUCGUCCGAGUCUGUGCUACCACCAGCGUACGCCGACUCCCAGGCGUCGGCUUUCGAACAGUCGAUCUGUCCGCCACCAUACGGCCCUCGACUGUUGUCCAGGCCGUCUACUGUUACCUCUGCACUGUCGCCGAUACAGUCACUCAGGCUUGCGAGUUCGCUCGUUGACCUCGCUGCUCCGUACGACGACGACCCCACCCCCGACCCAAUCGUACCGCCAAACGACGCCUGCUUUUGGAUCCGAACCUAG